UCCGAUUCCGGCUCCUUCCUCCUCCGAUCCCGAGCUCUGUUUGCUCGACGGUUCUUCCUUCUCCUUCUCCUCCUCCUCCUUCGGGAAGGUCUUGGUGCCGUCGUUGAUCGAACGCGUCCCGGCGAGAUGCGCGUUUUCUGCUCGCUGACAUAUUGUAAUCCUAAGCUGAACAUCUGAACUUUGUCAGUCAUUCGAUGUGGCUCUAGGAGACAAUUUCUCCAAUCUGUACUUUACUUUCUUCCCGUAGGCCCAGAAUCUUCAAGCAUGUCAAGUGGAACAGAUAGGAGAGUCUCACGUCAAGAUAUACAACUGGUUCAAAACCUGAUCGAACGGUGUCUACAGCUUUACAUGAACCAGAAGGAAGUCGUGGAUACACUGUUGGAGCAGGCGAAAAUUGAUCCUGGUUUUACAGAACUUGUCUGGCAAAAGCUGGAGGAGGAGAACCGAGAAUUUUUCAAGGCCUAUUACUUGAGACUGAUGGUAAAACACCAGAUAAUGGAAUUCAACAAGUUGCUUGAGCAACAGGUUCAAUUAAUGCGGCAGAUGCAAUCUAGUGGAGCGUCGGGUCUUCCAACUUCUAAUGGAACUCAUAUGCCAACAUUACCUCAGAAUCCAGCAUGCUAUACGACAGGACCAGCAUUGAGCGCAGAAAACAUUCAGCGAUCCAUUGGUUCUGGUUUAACCAAUGCAUUCGCCAAUGGUGGCCCGCCACUUCCUACAAGUUUGCACACUGCAAUGCAAAUGUCUGCGCAUGCCAGUAGGAUUGAUGCUCCACCAACUAUGCUUUCUAGUCAGACCUCAAACAUGGGGGGUCUGGGGCCAGGGAUUAAUGGGGGAAUGAUUAAAACUGAAGCUGGCUAUUCUGGUGCUUCACCGUACAUGUUUGGCUCUGAUCACAAUGUCCUGGAAACACGUCCACCUAUUGGCGACACAUCUGUUGCAUCCUUCAGUAGUGUAGACUCUACAUCGCAACCCAUUAGUGAACCCCUUUUGGAUGCAGACACUUCUUCAUUUGGUUUUUUGGGUCAGAUACCCAGAAAUUUCAGUCUAUCAGACCUGACAGCAGACUUCUCUCAAAGUUCGGGUUUGUCUGAUAUACUGGAGAGCUAUCCUCGUUCACCUUUCUUAGCGACAGAUGCUGACAACUUUCUGGAUUCUCGUGAAAGGGGAGAACAAGGAGACAAUAGGCGGUUGGAUACUAUAUCAGAAAGCUUGAAUUAUGGAGAUUUUGGCAGUGAAUAGCACAUUUUGGCGGUGAAUAGCAACUAUUUGAACGGUAUAUCAUCGUCGUAGGAGAAAAGAGUGUGUACAUAGUCACUUAGAAGGAAGAUGCUUAAGACUUGGUCCUCGAAGAUAUCGAUUGUUUUGUAAAAAAAAGAAUUGUUGACUGACAUCCCGGGGUUAGUGACGAGGACGAUGGGAGCGCACUUGUUCUUGGAGAAAGAGAGAUGAAUAAUGUGGGAGCUGGGACUUAUAUAUGACUCCGGAAUUCAUCGAGAUGAAUUAUUUAGGAUUGUGCUAGGAUUUAUUUAUUUUGCUGCAUUUGGUGUGUUUGAAGGUUUUAGCGGCCUGUGAUUUGACUGCUUCUUUUAGGGUACACGGACACAGGUUUUGAUGUUGACUGAUGUGGUUUGCCUUUCCUUUUGCUUUUGUUGCUCCCUGUUGGCAUUGUGUAAUUGUUUGAUAUGUGUCAAAUGUAUAUAUCAGUUUCGGUACCUUUGAGGAAAGCUUAAACGCAGUGGUUUUGGUUA